AUGAGCAAUAAUCUCAGCCAGACCGCGAAGGAAAGGGAGUUCGAAGAGCGUGAACGUCAAAUCCGAAGGCGAGAAUUGGACCUUGACUUUGAAAAACAUCAGCUGAAAAUCAAAUGCGACACAGCUGGGCUCGAAAGGCGUGAGCUUAAAAUUGAACAAGACAAAGUCAAGCUCAAAAGCCAUGAGUCUAAAUUCAAGGAAAAAAUGAAAAUGCUCGACGAAAUUGAGACAGACUUCGAGAAGAACGGAGCCGAUAUAAUCAGGCUGGCGAUAUCCAAGCAGUUUAGGCGUGGUGUGCCAAGCACGAAAGAAAAUGAACUCAAAUUGAAUGGAGAUACAAAUGCCCUUCAGCGAUGUCGAUACGAGCGGUAUGUCUAUGAACAAGAGCUCGACGUGAAAGAAGAUCGCCUGGCGGCGUUUCUCGACACGGAGACACGACUCCGAGAGAUUGCUCAACGGGAACUAUGUUUGAAAGAACAACUGGAGCAAGAUCCAACAGUCAAACAAGAGCUCAUUGACGCACAAAGAGAAUAUGGCCGAAUUGAGCACGAGUGGUUGGUGAUCCGGAAUUCCUUCUCCAGUACAUCUUUGCAGCGAGCUUUUGAGCUCUGGCGCGGGACCCCCAGAUGGUAUAUGCAUCGCGUUCUUCGGGAGGACUGUGCCGAGAGAGGUGGGUGCUGUGGGCGUGGGUGUGAAUGUUGCCUUAGUCGCAAACUCGACUUGACUCGCAAACGCGCAGCUGGGCACUGCACUGUCGAAUGUGGUUGUUGUCAGAAGGCUCGUGGAUAUGACCUGUCCGAGGAAGAAAAAACGAACUUUUCGAUACGAUACGCGGUCUCUCAGGAUAGUAAGAAGGACAUCGAACUCAAGGAAUUCCAAGUGAAGAAACUCGAGCUUCGAAACCUCGAACUUCAAAACAUCCAACUGCAACAAAUGUGGGGUAAAAACUCAAUGAAGGACAAUGUAGUGCGGUAUGAGUUCUCUGAGGGCGGAUUUGCGGAGUAUGAACGCUAUAUAAACGGAGCUGAUAUCAGCGACAAUGAAGCUGAAUUCACCGACGAUGAAAUUACUGAUGAAAUUACUGAUGAAAUUCCCGAGGAGGAGGAUCCUUACUAUCGUCGGAUCUCUCUGGCUUCGAUCUGGGGAUUAGUAGACGGUAACUUCGAGGAUCCAGUUGACUUGAUCGACGAAAAACCCUAUCAUCCAACAUGGAAGAAUGACGCUUGUGACGAGCAGUCAUUCGCCCUUGUCAGCCAGGAGGAAAACAAUUCGAUGAUGACAGAAACGGAUUGGUAG